AUGCGUGAGGAGUUCGAAAAGAUCGGAAUGCGCCGAUCAGUUGAGGGCGUAUUGCUUGUGCACGAACACUCGUUACCGCACGUGCUCCUCCUGCAGAUCGGAACAACCUUCUUCAAAUUGCCAGGAGGAGAGCUGAAUCCGGGCGAAGAUGAAGUCGAUGGCCUAAAACGACUGCUUACUGAAACACUUGGUCGUCAAGAUGGAGCCCGAGAUCUGUGGACAAUUGAAGACGUCAUUGGAAAUUGGUGGCGCCCGAACUUUGAUCCUCCGAGAAUGCUGGUUCAUUUUAAUGUUGUACAGUCACAUCCUUAUGCAUUUCAGUACCCGUAUAUCCCCGCACAUGUGACAAAACCGAAGGAGCAAACGAAGUUAUUCCUGGUACAACUUCCAGAGCGGGCACUCUUUGCUGUGCCAAAGAAUUACAAGCUGGUUGCGGCACCACUGUUUGAGCUUUAUGACAAUUCAAACGGAUACGGCAACUUGAUAGCAAGCCUACCGCAAGUGCUCAGCAGAUUCAACUUUCUGUAUACGCCGUAA